ACUACAAAACAAUUAUAUCUUCUAUCAUCUCUUCUUACAGGAAAACGUGACGCAAUGAAUCCACGUGUCGCGUAAAUAGCACGCCUCGUUAGCCGAGCCGGCAGUCAAAUACACCGCGAGAGGCUGCUUUCCUACCACAUACCCAAAUCAUUCUCUAUAUUCCUCUUUGUCUCUGAUCCCACUCUUAAUUUCCCCCAAUCCCAAUUUGUCUCCCUAGGGUUUUCACUUUUUUAAAUUAACACACACACACACACACACACACUCAUCUGCACUAUAAUUAAAUUGCAAUUCGUGUAAUUCGGGUGGAGAAUAUGAGCUUUCAAGAUCUGGAAGCGGGUCGAUCGGUCGGGUUUAGACGUGGCGGCGUCGCAAAUGGCAAACAAGACCCGACCCAAGCCGUUGCUUCGGGUAUUUUCCAGAUAAAUACUGCUGUUUCCACCUUUCAGAGACUUGUUAAUACUCUUGGUACGCCUAAGGAUACGCCUGAGCUUCGUGAAAAGCUGCACAAGACGAGACUACAUAUUGGACAGUUAGUAAAAGAUACUUCAGCGAAACUCAAACAAGCCAGCGAAACUGAUCAUCACGCAGAAGUCAGUGCCAGCAAGAAGAUUACGGACGCCAAAUUGGCGAAGGAUUUUCAAGCAGUUUUGAAAGAGUUUCAGAAGGCGCAGCGGCUUGCUGCUGAGAGGGAGACAGCAUACAGUCCUUUCGUUCCCCAGACAGUUCCUCCAUCUAGCUACGCAGAAAGUGAAAGAGAUGAACGUUCAGAAAAACAUCCAGAACAACGUGCUCUUCUUGUUGAAUCUAGAAGGCAGGAGGUUUUGUUGUUGGAUAAUGAGAUUUCCUUCAACGAGGCUAUAAUUGAUGAACGGGACCAGGGAAUUCAAGAAAUCCAGAAUCAGAUUGGAGAAGUAAAUGAGAUAUUUAAAGAUCUUGCUGUUCUGGUUCAUGAGCAAGGAGCUAUGAUUGAUGAUAUUGGAUCCCAUGUCGAGAAUGCACAUGCAGCAACUGCUCAGGGAAAAUCCCAACUUGUCAAAGCAUCAAAGACCCAGAAAUCAAACUCAUCUCUGACAUGCUUGCUCUUGGUGAUCUUCGCGAUUGUGCUUCUCAUUGUCAUCAUACUACUUGCAGCCUAAUGAGUAGAUUGUCAUUUAUUCCUAGUGACAACUCAAAAUUGGAGAAGGGAACGCAAAAAAGAGAGAGCAAGCCUUGGAAUAGAUGAUUUCUUUGCUGGUGCUUGCUCUUAUUCUUUCCCAGAUGGUUGAUAAGGGGUUCCGUCCCUCUAGAUGAAGUCUGAGACAUGAAUAUUGAUAGCUACCAGCAAGUACCAUUGUUUGCGAAUUAUGGCUUCCUUUUUCUAGUUUUAAAAAUUGGUGUAUUAUUUGGUGCUGAUAUAUAUUUUCCCUUCUGGCAAGGUGCGCCUUUGUUAUGUGAUGGUUUUGUUUGUUUGCAAGUGAAGUAUUACAUUGCUUGGAGUUGUCUUU